GUUUCUUACUUUUUACCGUGAAAUAAAGAAUUAAAACUUAAUGAUCACGACGUACUCGCUCUCGCACUGGGACCGAGUGUUUUCGACGUUUUACCCGUGCCGAAAAGUUGUGUCCGCGAUGUUGGUGUGCUUGUUUCUUUCCCAGACGAGGGUAUGUCGCGGUCUGGCGCUGAUGCUAUCAACGUUUUCGGUAUUACUGUUCAGCCAACCAGUGCUUGUGCUUCUCGCACAGGCAGUACCAGUCGAAGAAGAACCGGCGAGCAGCAAUCGCCAUGCGACCUUCGAGUUGGAGUGCCACAACCGUCUUUCGUCCGAGUACCAGCUGUACCAAUCCAUCGUUGAGCAGCUCGAUGACAAGGAGCACCACAGCAGCAGCGCGGUCAUGAAGCCGCCCCCACCCACGAAAAGCGCAAUUGAAGGCAAAACUCUGAAAACCUGCAAUGCCUGGGGAUUCCGCCCCUGUUGCGGCGAGCACUACCAGUGCGGGUUCGGUGCGGACUUCUGCGAAUGCGCGGACUGUGUCGAUUAUCGGGUCAUUCCCGCACCGGCCAAGACCGAGUUACAAUUUUCAGCAUCCUCUGCCUCGACCAAAAAGCCUCUGAGACCGGGCGACAGCCUGCCUUUCCCCUACGACUCGGCGUUACUGACAAACACGAAUGGGGGCGAAAGUCCGCUGCUGUCGGUGGACGACGUGGUUCUUGGAAAAAAUGCGCGGGACAGCUUCGAGGAAGAAUUCUAUAGUGGCAGCACCAAGGAAAGACCGAGAUCCAUCUCCUCGGCGCCUGAUUCCGCAGGGCAGGGAACGGCAGGCAUAAUUCAUGCCGAGGAAGAAAGCGCGCCGCCGGCCGGUGCUUCGCCAGAAAAACAGCACACUCCCAGUCCUGCGUUUUUGUCCGCCACCUACCAGCACCACUACCGCCACCAAUCUCCCGCCCGGGCGACGAUCAUCGUUCCGUUUCGGGAUCGGCAAGAGCACAUGGAGAUGAUGAAGCACUACUGGAAGUGGUUCUCCGUUUUCGCGCAAAACCCGCGGGCGGUCUUCGAGUUCAACAUCUAUUUUGUGGAACAGUUCGACGACUUACCCUUCAACCGGGGCUUUUUGUUCAACGCGGGCCUCGCGAUUUCGGGGAGGAUGAACGACAUUUGCCUGAACUGCGAGGAGGUUCUGAUGUCAUCAACAUCUCCCAUGCGAACAAGAACGAGCGAGAUGAAUGCAGAUAAUUUUGACGAAGACGAGCUGCUAGCCACGCGCGACUGCGUCACGGUUCAUGACGUCGAUUAUUUACCAGAUCUCCGCACCGACUACGGCAGUUGCGACGUGCCGACCGGUCUGUCUAACGAAAUUGACCGGUACAACUGGGAACGGCCCUACGUGCUCUUCGCGGGCGCGAUCGUCACCGCGCACCGAUCGCACUGGCGCAAAGUGAACGGUUUUUCCAAUCGCUACUUCGGGUGGUGCUGCGAGGACGACGAUUUGAAUUUGCGCUUCAAAUUCGAAUCCCUGUUGUUCGGGGACUGCAGCCCGGUGUGCGAGAAAAACCCAGAACUGGACUUGAAGGAAGGGGUCUACGGAAUCGGAUUGAAGCGAGCAGCCUACUCGCACGGCAGAUUCAACACGGAGUUCAUGCACAGUGUGAACCACACCCACCGUGUGAAAAACGCGCUGAUUUACCACCGGAACAUCGUGUUGGUGAACGAAUACAAGUUGAAGGACAACAAACGUCAUUUGUCCGACGGCCUGUCCACUUUGAAAUUCCACGUGGUGGACUACGAGGUCGAUGACAGCGCAUUGCGGGAUAGUUCCUUAACCUUUCACCACGUAAAGGUGAAAAAAUCCGCGAAGGGGUUUGAUCUGUUGCAGGUGCCGCUGGUGUUGGUCAACGAAAAUAUCGAGCUGGAUUUGAGAAUGCUGCUGCAGCUGAUUCAGUGGCGGGUCACGAAGGACUAUGGGGCGGGAAGUACUGCUGGGAAUACACGUGGCGGUGCUGCUGCUUCCUCUGGGAGUAGUGCAACUGUAUCGGAGCAUGAAAGUCUGAGCAAGAAGUGGGACAAGAUGCUGGAAAAGGCGAAAAUUGACCUGAAGAAGGUUCCUUUCAAGGUGCAGAGGUUGUACGUGUUAGUCAAAGUGUUUCGCGAGAUGUUACUAGCCGGAGGUCCAGGAGCGGAUAAUGCUGGAAUGACUUCUAAAAACGUAGUUGUACCGGCACAAAAGCGGAAGCACAAAAAGCCUUCGACUGCAGAGCUGUUUGCCGAGUUUCAGCAGAAGGCACAAGAGUCGGUCCACGAACUUAUGGAAAAGGAGAAGAAUUGCGGACAAGAGGGUAGCAGUGGAGAAGGUGGCACAUCUGACGAAACACGAGGAAGCGCUUUACACGAUGUGCAGAUCUCCAUCAUUGGCGUAAAUCUGUGGGGGAACAUCGGCGCUUUCAUUGAGAACGACACAGAACUAGCAAAAUUCUACCGCAGCACCCGGAGGCACCCAAGUGAUGAACAAG